GUUCAAUUGUAGGCUUGUCAGCUUCAGGCGGACUAUCAAAAGAUAAGCACUAAUAUCAAACCACUAUCUUAUUCUUCCGCAUCAAACUAACUCUACUUCUCUAGAAACCUCUCUAAAUUUCUUAAAAACCCACCUAAAAUAUAUUAAGAGUUAUCAACUUUCCAUUGAUCUUUAAGUUUUCUCGAGUCGAGGGUCUCAUUAAUUGCAGAUUGUCUCAAAUCGAGGGUUUAAUUGAUUGUAGUUAUAUGGUUUGUUGUCUUUUAUCCCUCUUCAAAUCGGGUUUGAAUAUGAUAAUGAGACGAUGAUCAACUUUCUUGCAUCAAUUUUUUAGUUGUUUUAAACUACAAAAAGUAGUGAUUUGUUUGGUAUGAUCUAAAUCCAAAACCCAUAAAAAAAAUCUUUUUUUUUUUUUUUUUUUAGAAAACAACCUUUUUGUCCAAUUUUGAUUUACCCUUUUGUCUGUUCACAGUCUUCAAAAUUUCCUCCUUUUUUUUGGGUUGUUCUGUAUUUAGAAAUUGAGUAAAACCCAGAAAAAAAGAAGCCUGAUCAUCUAAACAAAUGCAAGAUCCAUCAUCAUUACCAGCAGCAGUAUUUUCACCGCUGAAAACCCCACAAUUCCCUGAACAAGAACAACUAAAAUGCCCACGUUGUGAUUCAACUAAUACCAAAUUUUGCUAUUACAAUAACUAUAAUCUUUCUCAACCCCGCCAUUUUUGUAAGAGUUGUAAACGGUAUUGGACUAAAGGCGGCGCUCUUAGGAACAUUCCUAUUGGCGGCGGUAGUCGGAAGAUUACCAAACGUUCCUCUUCUAAACGUUCUUCUUCUUCUUCUCCGGCUCAAAGCCAGUUACCAUCUUCGGGUUCGGAUUCGGGUCAAAACCCAGGGACAGAGCAUAAACCCAUUUCGAUACCCGUGUCAGAAGCCGGGUCUGGUUUGGGAUACCCAGCAUCAGGAGUAGGGGUGGGGGUAGAGAGCUUUACUUCCUUACUGGGACUGGCAUCAGAAGGGCAAUUCAGUAAUUUGCUUUUAGAGAAUUUGGGCUCAAGUGGGUUGAGAUUGGGUCAAGGUGAUGGGUCGGGUCAAAAUCCGGGUUUGGAGAUGUUGCAGGAGAAUAAAUAUAAUGGUUCAACAUCAUCAGAAGGAUUGAUCAUGGGUGGUGUUGAUCUAUCUUGUUGGAAUGGUAGUAAUGGAUGGCCUGAUCUUGCUAUUUACACACCAGGUUCUAAAUUUAAGUAAAAGAAUAUAAUUUAUAUUUUGUGAUGUUAGAAAAAAGUGAUUUUCCCCCUUUUAUAUGGAUUUUGAUUAAUUAACUAAAAAUAGAAAGUUUAUUAAGUUUGUUUUGUUAGAGAUUGCUUAAUUAUGUAUGGUGGAUUAACAAUUUCUGAUGGUAGAACUUGAUAUCUUAUUAUUCUUAGGUACAUGAGACAAACAUUUGUAUGAUCAUACAUAUUCUAUGUUUGUAAUAUCAGUAAAAGAAAUAUUCUCUUGAUUUUGUGUGUUGUCAUAUAUUCUAUUGACGUAUGUAUUAGUAAGAAAAUAUUUCAUCUUUUAUAAUUAAAUUAAUUAUUCUCUUU